UGAGUAAACCCAGAAUAAAUUAAGCUAAGUUUACCAUAAACCAAAGAAGACGGUCUCCGACACUCUUCAAUCAUCGGAGAAAAUCAAAUAGCAGCACUCAAAUCAGAAUACGGCGUCGCUUUGCGAUCAGUCACACUUACAGUAAACAUAGAAGAGUGCAAUAAACUCAAAUCUCACACCCUAGAAUUAAAUUUCAGGCCCCUUUUAUUCACUUUAUUGUUCUGCAAUUUUCUAUCAGAAGGGGCUUGAAGCUCAGCAGAAGAACCCUAGAAUCAGAGCGGAAAAGAACUCGAAUUUCUCAAAAUGCCUCAGGUGAGGAUCAUAGCGAAGAAUUUCAUGGACAUGGUGGCUGCCUUGCCCGCCAUGAAGCUCGACAAGCUCUACGAGAACGCAUUCAUCUGCGAAGCCAUUCUCAGGUCUCUGCCACCGCUAGCCAAGAAAUAUGUCUUACAAAUGCUAUGCAUCGAAGUUCCAGUGACUGCCAAGUCAAUGGAGGAGUGGGUGCUGCCGGAUGGGGUCUCCAAACAUAGAGUUGCUAUUGAUCGGCUAAUUCAGUUGAGAAUUUUCACUGAAACUGUUGACAGGAAGAGAGAAACAACUUACACAUUAAAUCCUAUAUUUCAGACCAAUCUCAAGAAGCUUUUGCUAUAUGGUGUAGUUUUGCCAAGAGAACCGAUGCCUUCGAACGUUACAGUGAGGCUCCCAAGCUCAGAGGAUCUUGAGGCUUUUGCCCUAGAACAAUGGGAGUGUUUCUUGCUGCAACUUAUCAACUCAUCUCAAAUUGAAAGGCCAUCAAACAUCAGUUCAUCUAUGAUGAAAAUUUUCCAGCGGGGUCUUUUGAGUCAAAGAGAUAAAGAAGCUCCAAGAUUAACUGAAAGUGGUUUCCAGUUCUUGCUGAUGGAUACAAACGCACAACUAUGGUACAUCAUCAGAGAAUACAUCUCUAACUCGGAGGAGCGUGGGGUAGAUUCUGCAGAUUUGAUUUCAUUCCUGCUGGAGCUUAGUUUUCAUGUUACAGGCGAGGCAUAUAACAUAAAUACAUUGACUGAGGUUCAGAAGAAUACGAUCAAGGAUCUUGCAGAUUUAGGAUUGGUCAAACUUCAGCAGGGUCGGAAAGACAGUUGGUUUAUACCUACGAGAUUAGCUACUAAUCUUUCAGUGAGCUUGACAGACUCAUCAUCAAGGAAACAGGGAUUUGUGGUUGUGGAAACAAACUUCAGGCUGUAUGCCUACUCAACAUCUAAAUUACAUUGUGAAAUUUUACGUCUUUUCUCAAGGGUAGAAUAUCAACUUCCAAAUCUUAUAGUUGGAGCAAUAACAAAAGAAAGUUUGUAUAGUGCUUUUGAAAAUGGCAUCACUGCAGAUCAGAUAAUUUCUUUUCUUCAGCAGAAUGCACAUCCACGUGUUGCAGAGAGAGUACCAUCUGUACCUGAGAAUGUCACAGAUCAGAUUAGGCUGUGGGAAACAGAUCUGAAUAGGGUUGAGAUGACUCCAGCGUAUCAUUAUGAUGGAUUUCCAUCCAGGGAUCUCUUUGAGGGUGCUUCUGACUUUGCACGAGGCUAUAAUGCUCUGCUAUGGGAGGAUCCAGAUGAUUCAAAGAAGAUGUCUUUAGUGGUCAAGGCAGAAAACCACGUCCACAUGCGAGAAUAUCUUAGCCGUCAAAGGCAGUAGCCCUGAUACCAAUUUUGCACAACUCAAGUAGGAACUCUUAAAUCUUGCUGCAGCAGAAAAUGCUCAGUCUAGAUCGUGGAGGCUGUUAUUUAUGAGUUUUCUUCUCUUAUAGCUGGAAUUGCUUGCGAAGUCAUACCUUUGACAGUAUUAAUAAUUUGGGAAGAUGAGGUGGAGAAGUUGCGAUCAGAUGAUUGGCAUGUUGCAGCAAAAUUUCCAGGAUCGAUGAGUUAAGCUUGUGAAAGAAAAGGGCAGCUUAAUGGAAGAGGCUCCGCCAAUGAGUUAAGCUUAUGUUGCAUCCAAAUUGAUCUACACAUCUUGGCAGAAUUUAUCUAUACGCUAGGAGAUGUAAAAUGUACUGCUGAAACUGACGAGAAAUUUUUAAAAAUUGAAAGAGAAAAGAGGGGUUAUUGCCCUGCUUGUAUUCAUUCAUAGACGGUAGCUAAUGACAUUCAAAUUUGCUUUGCAA